AUGAGCAAGCAUUGGACUCAUUCCUUUACGGCGCAUCAGAUGGGAUGUUGCCGUAUGGGUGCCACGGAAAAGGAAGGAGCCAUUGAUGGAUAUGGAGAGAGCUGGGAAGCAGAAGAUUUGUAUGGUUGUGAUGCAAGUGUUAUCCCAACGGCUAUUGGUGUUAAUCCAAUGAUCACCAUUCAGUCCACUGCUUACUGCAUAUCCAAAAGAAUAGCCGAGUUAAUGGAGAGGAACAAGAAGACUAAGAAUGACUGA